AUGGGCAAAUCUGAAGAAGCUGAGGAAAAAGCACCUCCAUCCUACCAAGAGAAUGUCGAAGUUACAACUAUCCAACCAACGUCAACAAAUGAAAUCCAACCGGUAAUCGUUCAAACUGCGCCUCAAGUGAUCAUGACGCAGCCGAAAACUUGGAAGAGACCAUGGCAAUCGAUCAGUUGGUGUGAUUCUGAAUGCUGUCUCGCAUGCUGGGCUUUGCCGUGCUAUUUUGGGCGGGUCUACGCGAAAUUCGAAGGCGAAGAAACCUUUUGCGGAAAAUGUUGCCUGAGAUGUUACUGUCCCUGGUUUUGCUGGAUUGGGACUGAAAUGGCUCUUCAGAAUCGAAUCGCGGCUCGGCAAGGAGUUCAAGCUCCAAAUGCGGGUUGCCUCGCUAUGUACUUUUGCGAACCAUGUGUGCUGGCGUCCAUGUACUACGAACUCCUUGAUAACUGA